GCGUUUGCAACCAGUUUGCCGGAGCUCCUCCUCUAACGGCGGAGCGGGUAGAAACAUCACAUCUGCUCAAUGAGAGCAAAAGGGCACGAGAGAGGACACCUCAACAUCAACCUGCUGCGUUACCUUUGCUGUUCCCUCGCCUCUAUUUAAGAGGCUAAUAUGAAGACACAAUUUGGGAAGCCAGACCCUGGAAAACACCUGGAUUUCUCUAUUAGAAUUUGAAGAUCAAGGCAAUAACAUGUAUUGUCUCUGGUAAAACCCAUACGUACAGUAUUUCCACCCAACCACUGAGAGCCAGGACAGACAGCAGCAUCUCAAUGGGUUUGGACCAACCCUGCGUGGAUAUGGUUGAGCAAAUACCCCUGUCAGGUGCCCCGUGCAUGAGGCUCCGUCACCAGCACCUACGGAGGAAGCUGAGGCCUGUGAGGAUCCUGGGCUUCGUCCUGAGCAUAGUAGCCAUAACUGCCGUCUCAUUCUCCUUCAGUGCCUUGACCUGGGGCUACGGGGGGCUCUCUGAGCAUGUCCUCCCCCAGGAUACCACCCUUCAGUUGGACUCUACUCCCCACAGGACUCUGCUCUCCACCCAGAACCAGAUGGACCCCAAUGUCUCGGCCGACAUGCCCGUGGCCAUGAGGUCUUCGGCGAAUGGAAGCGAAGGCCAAGGGGACUACCCCACGGAUCUUUUCACUCUGGAGGAAAGACGACAAGGCGCAGUGGUGCUCCACAUGUUUGGCAUGCUCUACAUGUUUAUCGCCUUAGCCAUCGUGUGCGACGAGUUCUUCGUCCCGGCGCUGACGGUCAUCACUGAGAAGCUGGCCAUCUCGGACGACGUGGCCGGGGCCACCUUCAUGGCGGCGGGCGGCUCGGCACCCGAGCUCUUCACCUCGGUCAUCGGGGUGUUCAUCUCUCACAGCAACGUGGGCAUCGGGACCAUUGUCGGCUCGGCCGUCUUCAACAUCCUCUUUGUCAUCGGGAUGUGCGCCAUCUUCUCCAAGGAGAUCCUGAACCUGACCUGGUGGCCUCUCUUCAGGGACGUGUCCUUCUACAUCCUGGACCUGAUCAUGCUCAUUGUUUUCUUCCUGGAUAACCAAAUCACCAUCUGGGAGAGCUGUUCAUUGCUUUCAGCCUACGCUGCUUACGUUAUCUUCAUGAAGUUCAACAGCAAUGUCGAGUCCUUUGUCAAAGGGUGCAUGCACAAGAACCAAGUGGUGGAAGUUGAAGUUCAACCCAAGAAAGAGGCAGCUUCCUGGUCAAACACGUACGAGUAUACGACAAAUGGCAGCGGGGAUCUCAUCAUGGCAAGCCCUUGGGCCAGAGAUGAUCUCUGUGUGAUCAUCGGUCCAGAGAUGAGGCAGCAGACCAUCCUGCCUCGGAGGCAGUCUCACACGGGCCACAUGUCUCUUUGA